AUGGCACAACAGCGUUCGGACCUCGGCCUGCCUGCUUGGCUGAUCUUUCUUCGCAUUGCGCAAGGUGCUCUGGCAUUGCUGAUCUUGAUUCUGUCUGCGGUCGCGGCGGCGAAAUACCUUGGUGGCGCUGAUCCUACUUACCUGGUCACUCCCUUCCCGGGCUUUGGAUUCUGCUGGUUCGCUUUCGCUUGGACAGCUGUGUACCUGCCAUUGGCGGUGUUCUUGUUCCCGCGUUUCUCGCCUAAUGCCAAACCGGUCAUUUUGCUCUUUGUGCUAGAUGCACUGAGCACUCUCUGGUGGCUGGUGACAUUCGCAUUGUUGGCAGACCAUUCGGCCAAGAUCGGCCUCCUUCUCGAUGUCAGUUCGACCGGCUCCUUUGCCGACGACCUCACUGUCGCCCUCGAUUUAACAAGGACCAUUGCUGCCUUGGGCGCAGGCGAGUUGUAA